AUGUCUCACACACUCCCCGAACAAAUGACAGGAGGCGCAGAUCGCCAGUAUGACGAGGUAACGUUUCAGCGUCGCAUUCAAUUUCGCAUGCGGACUCGCCGCUUUCUUCGAAACAUCCCACGGCUCGUUCAAUACUGGAAGAAGCAGGUAAAGGCUGAAUUCUUAGAGGACCUGGGGAAGAGUGGCAACGUGGAAGUCUCCGCUUUAACCACGAAGGAGUACGCCAAGCUGUGCGAAGCAAAGAGUGAGAAUUGUGACUUCAUGAUUUCGUGCAUGAAGAGUGACAAUGACCACUUUGAGAAAAUGAUCAAGGACCUGCAGUGCAAUCCGGUUGGGACAAUGUCAGAUUUGAGGAUAGAGCGAUACGAGGCGAGUAUUGAGAUCCGCAAGAAGGUCAUCACUGACAUCGAGAAAGAGAGACUGCAGCUCGUGGACAAGAAGAAUGAACCGGAUGAGUUGGAGUACGUACUCUGA